GACAUUCUCAGGACAAGCCCAGGGAGGGUGAUAUAAUUUGAGACCGAGCCCAACUGCUGGUUAACUAGAGAUCUUCCUGCAGAGGAGGUGGUCACUGCCGCAGUGGCGAGAGGAGCUCCGGCGAUAACAAUGAUGAGGUUAGCUGUACGCCUUAAACCGAUGAGAAAUUCGUUCUGGGAAUGGAAAGCAUCAGAAACCGGGCGAAAGAGUUCAGCUGGCUUUGUUGAAGCGUGGCGAUCUUUAGCAACUUCUAAUGGAUCAUGGCUAAGGGAGCCAAUUGUGAGGCCAAUGCAAGACGAAAUUGUUAAUGCGCUUCAUUUGGGGGAGAGAACUAGAGCUUCUCAUCUGCUGUCUGAGCUUGGCAGGGAAGGCCAAGCAUUGCAAGCUGCGGAUUUCAUUUCUAUACUUCAGUAUUGUGCAAGAACACCUGAUCCAUUGUUUGUGAUGGAGACAUGGAAACUUAUGGAGGAAAAGGAUGUUGAAUUGAAUGGCAAAUGUUAUUUUCUUACAAUUCGAGCUCUAUGUAAAGGCGGUUAUUUAAAGGAGGCAUUCAAUAUUAUUCAAACAGAAAACUCAGACAUCUAUCCUACAUUGCCGGUAUACAACAAUUUGUUGGAAGCCUGCGUUCAAGUGAAUAGCUUAAAUCACGCUAGUGAAUGCUUGCAUUUGAUGGAGCAGCAGGGGGUGGGAAAAAAUGCUAUAACUUACUUCCUUCUUCUCAAGCUUGCAGUCGUGCGGCAGGACCUCUCAGCAGUCCGUGAUAUUUGGAAGGAGUAUAUCAACUGCCAUACUCUUGGAAUUAUAACUCUCAGGAAGUUUAUAUGGUCCUUCACAAGGUUGAGAGAUUUAGAUUCUGCUUAUGUGGCCUUACAGCAAAUGAUAGCCAUGGCUUUACAGCAGAAAUUUAGACUCACCAAAAAUGCUGAAGGAAGGUUGUCUGAUUUGAUGUUGGACAUUCCUAUCCCUUGCCGUAAUGAGUUGACUUUGAAUGGAUAUGCAAAGAAUAAUUGUACUUCUAUACCUUCUGUUGCUGGAUAUUGUGAUGAGAAGUACUCAAUUAAGGGGUUUAAAUUUGGCAUGGAAGCAAAAAAAGUUGAGGCAGAUGGAUUCAGUUUGUCAAAACAGCCCAUCUCUGAACCAGUUGUGAAACUAUUGAGGUGCUCCUUUGGUGACUUGAUUCAUACUUGUGCUAAUUCACAAAAUGUUCUGUUGGCUGAGCAAUUAAUGUUACAGAUGCAAAAUCUUGGCUUGGAACCGUCAUGCAGUACAUAUAAUGGCUUCAUAAGAGCAUUGGUUUCUGUGAAGGGUUUCCAUGAUGGCAUGGAAAUGCUAAAAGUUAUGCAACAGAAAAAUAUGAAGCUUCAUGAUUCAACUCUUGCAGCCUUAUCAGUCAGCUGCAGCAGGGGUUUAGAACUGGAUUUGGCUGAGACAUUCUUGUCUCAGAUAUCAAAAUGUCAUCACACUUACCCUUUCAAUGCAUUCCUUGAAGCAUGUGAUAUUCUGGACAAACCUGAACGAGCUGUUCGGGUAUUAGCUAAAAUGAAACAUUUAAAGAUUCUGCCCGAUGUCAGAACAUAUGAACGACUGUUUUCAUUAUUUGGCAAUGUCAAUGCGCCUUAUGAAGAUGGAAAUAUGCUAUCACAGUUUGAUGCUGCUAAAAGGAUAAAUGCAAUAGAAAUGGAUAUGAUGAGAAAUGGCAUCCAACACAGUCAGUUAUCAAUGCAAAACCUUCUGAAAGCUCUUGGGAUGGAAGGAAUGACAAAGGAACUGAUUCAGUACUUGAGUGCUGCAGAGGACCAGUUUUUACACAGAAGCACUCAUGUGGGAGCACAUAUUUAUAACACUGUUUUGCAUUCGCUUGUUGAGGCUAAAGAAAGUCAUGUGGCAAUUAAGAUAUUCAGGAGUAUGAUUUCUUGUGGAGUCUCACCAACUGCAGCCAGUUAUGAUAUCAUGAUUGACUGCUGUAGUAUAAUAAAAUGUUAUAGAUCUGCUUGUGCCCUGAUAUCGAUGAUGAUCCGUGAGGGUUUCUAUCCAACAGCUGUGACUUAUACAUCCCUCAUAAAGAUCUUGCUGAAAUUUGAAGACUUUGAUGAGGCCUUGAAACUACUCCAUCAGGCGAUCUCAGAAGGGAUUCAACCUGAUCUGGUGUUGUAUAACACUAUUCUUCAAGCAGCUAGUGAAAAGGGAAGAAUCGAUGUGAUUGAGCUGAUUGUUGAGCAGAUGCAUCAAGAUAAAAUCCAGCCUGAUCCGUCAUCUUGCAGUCAUGUUUUCGCGGCAUAUGCAAACAAUGGCUUCCAUAGCACUGCCAUGGAAGCCUUGCAAGUUUUGAGCAUGAGAAUGAUUUCUGAAGAAGACAAUAUUCUCGAAGAGCACAGAUUAGAGUAUGAGAAUCUAAUUUUUGAUGAGGACUUGGAAGCUGAAUCAAAGAUACUCGAGGUUUUCAAAGAUUCAGCAUAUCUUGCUGUUGCCAUACUGUAUUUGAGAUGGUGUGCUACUUUUGGAUUUCCGAUAUCUUGGUUGCCAAAUCAAAGUCCUUGGGCCAAGAGACUAUCAUGGUAUCAUGCUUCUAGACUUGGCUAAUUGAUUCAAGGUAUGGCUACAUAUAUCCGGUUGCUCGUUUGGUCCAGAACAAGCAAGACACAUGAUUUGAGAUGCAGUGAAUAUUUUGAAAAGCAUACCAGUGAACAGCUGGAAGCUCUUGACUACUUUGGAGGCACUCAAUCCAUCGGCGACCUUCACUUUCUACAUUUUGUAAAUCUACCUCUGAAUUCAUCCUCACUUCACGGAAAAUGUCUCAAGUUGGCCAGAGACUUUAAAAGCUUCCUAAAGCGAAAUGGUUUGUUAGCAACUCCUUCAGAUCUCAAAUCAGAUCCAAACUAAAUGGCAAAUUAGAGAACAGAUGCGGCCAACAGGUUGUCUCGUUCAAACUCUUUGUACUCAUUGAUUUUCCUGUUUAUCGACAAAAAUGGAGUUGUUUCUUCUCGAUUGGUUCUUCCUCCGGUUGAAGGCUGGUCAAGUGAUCAAAAGUGUUAAUUUACCAUUGCUAAUUUCAUCAGACUUCACCCAACUCCUGGUAAAUAUUUCACUAUUACAUUUAGAGAAUUAGCUCAGGUGGGUUGAAAUCAAAAGACGGUGGAAUUAACUUGAUGCUUGCUGGCACCUUUGAAGAGCCAGUACCCUACUAUAUGUCUGGUGCAGUCGUAUGAUUCUUUGUCACAACAGAGUGAGGACCAUUUUAGAGUUCACCUGUUGCACAUUGAUGAGAUCAGCAGGGGUUGAAACUCCUCAACUCUUUGUAAGUUGGUGUCUGCAGGAAUCAGGUUAAUAUUGUGUAAUGAAAUUUGCAUUAUUCACCAGAAUAUUAGCAGCAGUUAGCAGCACUUGCUUAUCUGCUUUCAGCUUUUGAAGGAAGGUAACUACUUUAAGAGUUUGGUAAGUAGGAGCUGAAACUGCAAGCACCUAUUUUAGCUUUUUUCAAGUGAAAAGCUGAAAAGUGGGGUAGAAUCUUCACUUUCAAAUCAUGUUUUAUCUUUUAUUUCAUUUCUAUGUCAAAUCAUGUUCUAUCUUUUAUUUCAUUUGCCAUAUAUGGAUUAGAUGUACAAAAGUUAA